AUGUCUCCACCUGUGUCCCGGUUCAGCAAGUUAACCCUCGAGAGCAUGCCUCCAGAAACUCGAUCGAGGACUCGGGCUGAGAGUCGAGCCGAGGAGUCGAGGCAGAACCUCGAGGAAGAGUCGAGCUCCGAAUCGGAGAUGGAUUCAGAUAUCUCUGACUUCGAAGAUGAACCCCCCACCGUGGUCCGCUCUCCCACAACGAAGCUGUCUUAUAGCAUCCAUAACCUCCCCGAAUCCACGCAGAACGCCGUCCGCGAUGCCUUCACCGAACCCCCCAGAAUCGCCCUCCAGAAGUGCCGCCGCAUCGACGACACCUACGCCUUCCAGAUGACGGAACUCGUCACCCGCUCCAUCCGCAUCCGAGCUCCCGAACAUGGCAGCUCACAGCUGAGCUGCUCAUGCGGCCACGACGAGGAGCCUUGCGAACACCUCCUGUGGCUGCUUGAUCAAGUGGUCAAGCAGACCGUCUACGACCAAGACGUCUCUAAGCCCCUAGAAAUGACAAAGGGCGGAUACCCCAGGGAAAUGGGAGACCCUUUCCAGAACAUCGCCAACCACCACCUAGAUCUCCUUGCAGAUGGAAUCCACUGCCAGGUCGUCACACCCGACUCGGAGUACGACAACGAGCUCGACCCGUACCGCGCCCAAGAAGCCCGCGAGCUCCUCUCCUCAGUACAUGGCGUGUCUCCAGAGGACUACCGCCCAGACAUCUUCACUCGUCCCUCGGCCGGGAAGAAGAUCUUCAAGCGCCGGGACCUGGACCGCACCAUCUUCCGGAUGCUCCUCGACGACCACCAUUUCUUCCACUACUUCCACUCCCUCUCCCGUCCCACGGAUCCCAUCAACGACCCCUUCCGCAAGCUCUCCCAGCGCGUCAACCACGUCCUCCGCGACCUCGACGCCUACGCCGCCUCCCCGGACCCGGACCCGUCCCAGGAAACCCCCCGCGACAUCAACUGGGCCGCCACCCACAUCACCGGCGCCGUCCGCCUCAUCAGGCACGAGCUGUACACGCGCGACCGGCCACUGGAACCAGUCGAGGCCAUCUCCGCUGCCCGCAGCCUCGUCAACAUCCUCGAUGCUGUCGUCUCGCGCAACCGCGACGCCCACGCCGGCACCUCGCGCCGCGAUCGCAACUUGUACCUGCGCCUCAUCGGCGAUCGCGACGAGGACUUCGUCCUGGGCGUUUUGAACCUGCUCCCCGAGGCCGCAAGCCAGUUCCUAAAUAAUCUCGAGUCCAUCCUCGACCAAAUCGGAGUGCAUGGAGCGCCGGCGGCCUACGCGGCCCGGUUUCGCGCUCUCCUUGACAGGCUGAGGACGUCGGGCACGGGAUCCGGGCUGAAGCGGUCCGUUCAGGGCCAAGGGACGGAUCGCAAAUCCAAGAGGAUGAAGUGA